ACUACCGUUCUAUCUCUCUCUCUCUCUCCAGUGGCGAACACUGUUGGAGUCCGAACCCUAUAAAAGCCGCACAUUCCCCAAACCCACAAUUUUAAAUAACCAGUAGGAGCGGGCAUCUCCUCUCUCUCUCUGCCUGCAUCAAAAUGGAGCUCUUCCUGCGAUCCGCCCUUUUCGUCCUCUUUCUCUCUUUGUGUUCCGCUACCUCUUCUAAUCUCUCCUCAUCUGAUGCGGAUGCCAUUGCCAUUGCCAAUGCCAUUGCCAAUCCCAAUCCCAAUCCCAAUCCCAAUGCCACUGCAGUGCAUGAGGAUAGCUUUGCGGACAUCAUUGAUCGUGCCCUAGAAAAAGAGUUCCCUGAGAACGAGCAGGCUGAAGGAACUGAUGCUGGAGGCUUUAACAAUAGUGUGGCUGAGCAGCAGGCCGUUCUAGAAACUGUGGCUAGAGUAACUCGUGAGAAGCCUAAAAAUGAUUCGAAUGAGGAGAAGUCUUUUCAAUUUUUUAAGUUGGAUGAUGAGAACAGAGGAGAAGAUACGCCUACCUUGAUAGAUAAAAUGGACAAUGUAUUUGUAAUGUCAAAUCCCAAGUCAAAAUUUCCUGUGCUAAAAUUAGACCUCAGGUUGAUAUCGGACUUGGUAGUGGUCACAGUCUCUGCAGCAAUUGGAGGGAUUGUCUUUGCUUGCAUGGGACAGCCGGUUAUUACAGGAUAUUUACUGGCAGGAUCUAUUAUUGGGCCUGGUGGUUUGAGCUUUGUUAGUGAGAUGGUGCAAGUUGAGACAGUUGCACAAUUUGGCGUAAUAUUUCUUCUAUUUGCUUUGGGUCUUGAGUUCUCCAUGACAAAGCUUCGACUUGUUCGAGCUGUUGCUGUAAUUGGGGGCUUGCUCCAAAUCUUUCUUUUUAUGUGCUUGUGUGGCAUUACUGUCUCGGUAUGUGGUGGGAAGGCUUCGGAAGGGGUAUUUGUUGGCACCUUCUUGUCAAUGUCCUCUACAGCUGUGGUUUUGAAGUUUCUAAUGGAGAGGAACAGUGUCAAUUCUCUACAUGGUCAAGUUACUAUGGGAACCCUGAUCCUUCAGGAUUGUGCUGUUGGCUUAUUAUUCGCACUACUUCCAGUUCUGGGUGGCAAUGCUGGUGUUCUUCAGGGAAUAAUAUCAAUGACAAAAUCGAUGGUCGUGUUGGGCAUAUUCUUGGCUAUUUUGGCUGUAUUUACCCGUACUUGUGUCCCUUGGUUUCUUAAGCUGAUGAUAAGCCUGUCCUCGCAGACAAAUGAAUUAUAUCAGCUGGCCUCCGUGGCGUUUUGCUUACUGGUUGCCUGGUGCAGUGAUAAACUGGGCUUGAGCCUUGAGUUGGGGUCGUUUGCUGCGGGAGUGAUGAUAUCAACAACUGAUCUUGCACAACAUACUCUUGAACAAGUGGAACCAAUACGCAAUUUCUUUGCAGCGCUGUUUCUUUCUAGCAUUGGAAUGCUGAUCCAUGUUCAAUUCCUAUGGAACCAUGUGGAUAUUUUAUUGGCGGCUGUCAUUUUGGUGAUUAUUAUGAAAACAAUGGUAAUCGCUGCAGUGGUCAAGGGGUUUCGCUAUAGCAACAAGACAGCACUUCUUGUUGGCAUGUCCCUUGCACAAAUUGGCGAAUUUGCUUUUGUUCUUCUCAGCCGUGCUUCAAAUAUUCAUCUCAUAGAGGCAAAACUCUACCUGCUGCUUCUGGGCACGACUGCUCUCAGUCUGGUGACAACUCCAUUACUCUUUAAGUUGAUACCUGCAGUUGUUCAUCUUGGAGUGUUGCUGAGGUGGUUCUCUCCAGAAAGUCUUCAGAGCGAGAUGAGCUAUAAAGGUGAGAGCCUUCGUUCAGAUAGUACGAAGCGUAUUGGUCUGUUGAUCCAAGGGUCUCAUGAUUCAUGAAAAAAAGUUGGGGAAAUGAAAAGAAAUUAAGGAGGAAAGCACAUCUCAAAUGUAUGGGUUUACCUGAUGGGCUUAUAUCUUCCACUCUGGGGAGCAGGUACACAAGAGAGCAAAGGAGAUAUAGACUGACAAUGCAGUUUUUCAAAGCCUCAUUCUCCUUUCUUUUCCAUGCCAAAGCAAGAGAGAUCCUUCUCCAUGGCUGCUGCGCCGUAGGAAUGGGGGAGGUUUCAUUGAUGCCAUGUGAGGGAAGCUUUCAUGGGUUUUAGUUUCUUUGCCUACUGAUCUGGUUGUCAUGCACCUAGCUGAUUGCCGAUUUUUGUAAUUUGUAACAUAGUUCCUGAGUUUUGUUUUCUUUUUCUUUCUUCUUGGUUAAGUUUCUAUUUUUUUAUUUUAUUCAAUUUGAUUUUUAUAGCCAAAUGUAGAAAUCAAGUCUUGAUUUGGAAAUGUAGAGCAUAUGCUUUAAUUUGAGGAAGAAGGAAAUGUCACUUUUCUGCACU